AUGACACGGACCUGUCCGCAUUGCGGCUCUUCUGAUAUCGAUGAAGAUGCUGGAAGAGGUGAUGCUACUUGUAUGGCAUGUGGAACUGUACUGGAGGAGUCAAUUGUGGUUUCGGAGAAUCAAUUCCAGGAACGAGCUGGUGGCUCUGGUCAUACCCUUGUCGGUCAGUUUGUAUCCAUUGAACGCGCUCAAUCUCAAGCGCGAGCGGGCGGCGUCGUUUCGCAAGAAUCACGGGAAGUCACCUUUGCGAAAGGACGGAAACUAAUUGAGGAAAUUGCUAGUCAACUUCGCAUUAAUCAACAUUGCAUUGAUACAGCGUACAAUUUUUUCAAAAUGUCUGUGAGUCGGAAUCUCACCCGUGGUCGAAUACGAUCUCAUGUUGUUGUUGCUUGUUUAUAUAUGACAUGUCGAUUAGAAAAUACUGCUCAUUUGCUUCUUGACUUUAGUGAUAUCACUCAGGUGAAUGUGUUCGAUCUCGGGCGCACUCUCAGUUUUUUGUCGCGAUCGCUACGAAUCAAUUUGCCGUCGACCGACCCAUGUCUUUACAUUAUGCGUUUUGCAUGUCUUUUGGAGUUUGGAGAGAAGCAGAAGGAGGUAGUAAAUCUGGCUACUCGGCUUGUCCAACGAAUGAAGCGCGAUUGGAUGUCAACUGGUCGUCGGCCAACUGGUCUGUGCGGGGCAGCCCUUUUACUUGCCGCAAGAUCGUUCAAUUUCAACCGAACCAUUGGCGAUGUUGUAAAGGUGGUCCACAUCAGUGAGUCUGUAGUUAGAAAACGGCUGGAAGAGUUUAGUCAGACCCCUUCUGGCGCGCUAACCAUAGACGAGUUUUCUACCAUAGACUUGGAGCAUUGCGAAGAUCCACCAGCAUUUCGAGAAGCUAGAAGAAAAGCUCGCGAAGAGCAGCUAGCCAAGGAGGCAGAAUUGGCAGCAGAAAUGGAGAAAGAUGUACUCCCUAUUGAGGAGGAGUUGGAACGCGCGCUAGAGAAGAAAAGGAGAGAGAAGUUCAAGCAAACUCGAUAUGCUAAACUCGUGGCUGGUGAAUUAAACGAUCCUGAAGUAGGGACAGCUGAGGAGGCCCUUGUCCGUGAUGAGGUCAUGGAUACGGUAUAUCAAGCUGUUGACGAGGAAGAAAGAUCGGAAGGUUCCAACUACAAUCAGUAUGCUCCAUCUCUACAGUCGCUGGGAAUCACUCAGUCGCCUGUCACUGCUAAUGGUGUGAUAACAUCGUCCUCAGCACCUCUUCCCUCACAAGAUCGACCUGACGGAUCACUUGACCUCACAGGUAUCGAUGAUGACGAAAUUGAUUCCUAUAUAUUAACCAGCAAGGAGUCAGAGGUGAAGGAAAGGUUUUGGAUGAAGUUGAACGGAGAGCACUUGAAAGAGAUGGAGAGGAGGCGAAAAGAGCGUGAGGAAGAAGAGGAAAAAGAAAAGGACAACCCGACCAAGAAGAAACGGCGCCGUGUUUUACCACCCAGGCAGAAUCUUGCAUCUAAUACAGCUAUUGAAGCCAUGGAAAAAAUAAUACAUGAAAAGAAGCUUUCUAAUAAAGUCAACUAUGACAUUUUGAAAGAAAUCGAGCACACUACAAGUGGUAUGGACUCAAUCAAGAAGGAAAGAAGUCAGACAGUAAUUGAGAAUGUCAAUGAACUUGUGUCGACACUCGGAAUGGACGAAGCGAUCUCUGAUGUCAGUGGGCCUACUUCGAGUCGAACUGUUCCUUUGACGCCAGAAAAUAUGACGCGGAGGGAAAGGGAAAUCAGCAGACGCAACAAACCAUUGAAGAAUUCAUCAGCGCUGCGGGUUGCGUUCAAAAUCGAACCUACAACUUCAACUGAUAUGGAAUCUCAAUCGCUCGACGUAAAAAGACCUAUUUCUCUCAACCGGUCUCGGUACGGUCGAAUAGGUGUUAUCCGCCCGAAUCUUGCCAGUGCUGGUGUGCAUAAGUCGGUCGUGAAUAAUGACUCCGCAGAAGAAUCCCCGGUGACUGUUAAUGAGGAAGAAGGCCAGAAUCCAUCUAAACCCACUACAUUGGUUCCGGAAGCUGAGACGUCCCCUGAUGUAAAAAUAAAACUUCAAAUGGGAGGAGUGGAACGUAGUUUGAAUGACGAACCGGAAAGUUCUUCUUCUGGCGCAAACAAUGAAAGUAUAACUUCAUCAGCAUCAAAUGAUGAUGUUCCUUCUCCUUCGCUUGCUAAUAACGUUGAGAACACAAAAGAGGUGCCCAUCAUACCUGUCGUAGACGGAUCAAAUCUGCUAACACGAUCGAAGCGGACGAGAGGUAAAAUUCCAAAAUCAGCCGAAACUUUGGAGCAAGCAAAACCUGCUGAAGAAAUAGCAUCUCCAAGUGAUGAGGUGCAAAUAAUGGAGGACACAACACCUCCCAUUGAAAAGCCAGCUGAUUCUUCCACAAAUCUUUUGAGACGAGGUCGACGGCCUAUGGUCAAACCACAAGUCCAGGAAAAGGUGCACUCACCGGACUCCAGUGGUGCAGAAAAACAGAAAGAUGUCAUCACAAUCGACGAGAGUGUGUCUGGGAAUGAUGCAGCAGGGACAUCUACUGGAGUCGCUAACUCAAAUUUACUAAAACGUGGACGACGACCACUGGUGAAACCAGCAGUCGCAUCAUCGAACGCAAAAGUGGUCAAUUUGGAGUCGUCUCAAAAGGAGUCACUUGCAAACGAGUCCCAAGAAUCUAAGGAAAAGAGCGGUCCAGAUGAAAUUGUCCUUCAGCGUGGUCGGAAAUCACUCUUAAAACCGAAAUUAGCAACUUCUUCUUCUGAGCUAAAGAAUGGUGAAACUAGCAAAAAUAAUGCUGACAGCAAUGCGAACACUAACGAGGGUAUGACAACAGACUCGCAGUCUUCAGAAAUGAAUGUAUCCUCCAGGACGAGGCGAUCUUCUGAAGCGCCAUUGUCUCCUCCAAAUAAGAAAGCUUCAUUAAAUUCAUUUGACAACUCCGAACCAGUGACGCUUACUCGUCCUAAACCAAGAUCUCGACCCACCAGGGGUGCUUUAAGACGAAUUUUGAUAGAUUCCAUAGUGCGGAUCAAAGCUCUAGUUGUUACUGUUGGCAACAUGCUUGUUACUGUUGUUGCGAAAGAACUUUUUUUGAUGUAA